GAAGGCGAGUACAUAUAUCAUUGAUGUGAACUUGACAAAAAGGGGUGCUGCCCCUAAUAGCAAAUAAUUUUAUAUAUACCUAGCAGGCAAAUAUCGUCUUGAAUGCCCAUAUCUUAUUAUUUCCAUAAUAUUUAUAAGCGCAGACCGAAUUGAUGCAAAUUACAUCGACUAUGUUCCCUUGGCUAACGCGGUCUCCGAAUCUGAGAUAUACUCCUCCUCCUUUGAGGACUGCGACUGGCUCAGUAUACGGCCACAGGCCAGGGAUAUGCCGAGAAGAUAUGAAUGACUCAUGCUAUGCUUAAAAGGUAUUCCAUAAUCGAAAGCCGCCAUAUUCAUUAGAAAGUCAUUAUUAUCACUGAGCCUUAUGUUCGCCUGAUAAUACUACAAAUAGAAAAUCUUUAUAAUCUAACUACUGUCAGUAUGUCUUCAGUAGCGAAAACUCCUACUAUAGAGCCAAGACGAGCCAAGGUACAUAUAACCAUGACCACAUCCCCAACCCUUUCCCUCAGCGACCCCGCAGCAACAUUAGACGUGAACCUGAGCGCACGGAUUAUCGAGUCGACGAGUCCAGGCGAGCCCAUCACAGUUUGCGGGCAUCGGACUCCCUUCGACGUAUUUGAAAGAGGCGAGGGAGGGAUCGAUAUGUUUGCCCGCGGUGUUCUUGGCGGCGGCCUCGUCGGCGUCGAUAGUGAUUACAACGAGACGGGGAAGAAAAUCUCCUUUGGUAUGUUCCGCAUCAGCGAGCGCUUCACGAGCGAUGCGCUGGAUCUCAAAGAGCGUGGCUGCAGGUUUCUCACUAUUCCGGGCGAUGGGUCGGAGGUCACCGUCACGCAUCAGCUGGACUGGGAACGGAUAUUGAGGUACGCGGAUGGGCGCACGAAGGAUUACUUUGAUAUUGGCGAGAGAUACAGGUUGAGGUCGGGCGGGAGGUCUUUUCCCACUAAAUGGUGGGCCUUUGGGGACUUGGAAGGCAACCUGAAGGACUGCAAGUUCUAUCCGUGGGGUGAGUCGAAUGUUGAGCAGACACCAAGUGAGGAUUUUACCCGGGAAGGGAGAUGGGCUUUGAGUGAAGAUCCCAGACAGCUGGUAUGGGAGUGGACAAUAGAGAAUGACAAAGCCAGCGUUGAGAUUGUCGAAUAGAUUUAGCCUCCCAGAGUCUCCAGGUAGCUUGGCACCUGGCAUCGUUAUGGGGAGGUUACGUGCUGUACCUUGAAGAGAGCGAGUGCACGUUGCUCGGCGGAGCGCCACUGGGCGUUUCCCCGGAGUUACUGGCUUUCUAAGCGAGAUCAGACCGCAGCGGUGAGACCUUGUCUUGAAUAAAACGAU